AAAGUAUGCCAAAGCUCCUGUGAAAGUCGGAACGUGAAAGCGUCCAUCGAGGUGGAUGAUUUGAAGCGCAAGAUUUGAACACUGAAAAAUAUGAAAUCUACCAAAGAACUAGCAAGAGAACUUGGGCUGCUUAGAAAGAGAACAUUAUCAACCUCUGCCACUGAUCACAGAAGUCAUCUUACAACAGUGCAAACAUUUACAUUUCUGAUUGUGAUUGAUUUUGAGUCAACUUGUUGGCAAGAAGGGAAAUUCAGAACUCAAGAAAUAAUUGAGUUCCCUGCUGUGCUACUGAACACCUGUACUGGAGAGGUGGAGAGUGUGUUCCACCACUAUGUACAGCCACAGGAGCAGCCAGUGCUCAGCAGCUUCUGCACAGAGCUCACUGGCAUCACACAGACCCAAGUGGAUAAUGGAAUACCAAUCAGCCUGUGCCUGAAGAGGUUUACCCACUGGCUGGCUAAGCUGGCAAAAGAAAAUGGAGUUGUGUGCCAGGGAAGCGGGGGCAAUCAGCCUGUCAACACCACCUGUGUCACAUGGUCAGAUUGGGAUCUAGGUGUAUGUCUGCACUAUGAAUGCAAGAGGAAGCAGCUCUUUAAGCCUCCACAGCUCACAAGCUGGAUAGAUCUGCGAGCUACGUACAGGAAAUUUUAUGAUCGUAAACCCAGUGGCUUGAAUGGAGCGCUGCAAGACCUGGGGAUAGAGUUUGAGGGGAGAGAGCAUUCAGGUGUGGAUGAUGCCAAGAACACAGCCAAGCUGGCCUUCAGAAUGAUCAAGGACGGCUGCCAGAUGAAAGUGACCAAAUCAAUCAAGGGCCAUGAGAGAUCGGUUAGUUGCCAGCCAUGUCUGCCUAGUCAUAGCACAAAACAUUCAAUCAAAACUGAUGCAACUAUUAGUUCACACAUUUCCGUAAACAUAAAUCAAACAGCAGUGACAUCAACAAAUAAACCCCAAACAGUUAAUGAAAGGUCACCAGGGAGCAAAUCAGUAGUGAAGUCUAGUCCCAGAUCUUUACAUAGAAUGCAAGAACCAGUCAAACCAGUACAAACACUGGCUCACAACACUGGUGGCUGCAUAUCGUCCAAACCAUCAACUAACAAAUGUUAUCAGAAGUCCAACAUCUCCAAUAAGGUGCCUUCGCCAUUGUGUAAUAAAAGUCGAGGCUGUAAUGUAGGGUUUGAUGUGAAGUCUUGUGUGAAUGUCUCAAGAACAACACCUGGAAAAAUGGCGCAUCAGACAGUAGCAAGUUGUACAAAAGAACUUGUAGGAAAUCCUGAAGAAAUUUAUGUUAGUCUGAAAGAUGAAACAUGUGCACCAAUUUCAAAGAAAAGGAAAGAAUUUACACCAGUCAAAACAGCAGGGAAGACUAACUCCCCGUUACGGAAAACGUGUAGGAUGAUUUCCCCUGCCAAGAAGUGCAAUUCAUUUGAUGUCUAUGUUGAUCCUGUGCCAUGUGAAAGCUCAGUUACUAGUGUAAGCAUUGAUGUGGGGCCACAGAGCAAUGCUGCCUCUUGUAAAGGCCUGUAUGAGCUUGAUUUGAAUAUGACAAACUCCAAAGUUUUAAACAGCACAAAUAGCUCACCUAUGGGCCCAAAGUCUCAGUUCAAAGUUCCACAGUUGGUAGCACCUUUAAAAUGCAAUACAAGUAGUAAACGAUUAUCAUUUACCACGUCUACUCCAGUCUGCAGCAGUAAGAGUGUUCCUGUUUUUAAUAGUGCAAAACAAGUCAGUCCUGUUACAAGGGAUCCAAACGCAAACAGUUUGAAGUUUGUGACAAAAACAUAUGUACCCAAUGAACAUUCCAGAAAUAAGCCCACCAGCAGUAUUUCUGGUAUGGCAAAAACACCUGUGCCAAGUCAGUCAGCCACAUUUAAGGUACCAAACUCCCUGUGUUCUAGGUCUGUGUCAAUGAACAGCUUGACCAAUAUUUCAAACAACACAAGUAACACCUCGCUAAAGAUGACCCCGCCCCUCUGUCAGUGCGGUCGUCGCUCCAAGAGACGUAUGGUGCAGUCGCCUGGCCAGAACAUGGGUAGAUUCUUUUUCAGCUGCGCAGUCAAGAAGGGGGUUGGCUCAAAGGAUGGCUGUCAGUUCUUCAAGUGGGAAACCUUGUCCAAUAGUGUCAUUCCUAAUUUCACAAAUAGGUCUUCUAACAUCUCAAAACAGUUCACACCAGUUGUUGGUAAAUCAUUGACUGCAGUCUCAUCUUACGAUAGUGUAGAUCAAAGAAAAAGUCUUGGAGUUUGUGCAAACACAAGCAGAAAGGUUUAUCUGCGGCAAUGAUUGCAUAAUUUAGACGCCCCAUCUAUAGAAAGGUGUAUCUGAGGUAAUGAUUACAUAAUUUAGUUACCUUAUCUAUAGAAAGGUGUAUCUGAUGUAAUGAUUGCAUAGUUUAGAUGCCCCAUCUAUAGAAAGUUGUAUCUGAGGUAAUGAUUGCAUAUUUCAGUUACCCUAUCUAUAGAAAGGUGUAUCUGAGGUAAUGAUAGCACAGUAUAGAUGCUCCAUCUAUAGAAAGGUGUAUCUGAGGUAAUGUUUGCACAGUUUAGAUGCUCCAUCUAUAGAAAGGUGUAUCUGAGGUAAUGUUUGCACAGUUUAGAUGCUCCAUCUAUAGAAAGGUGUAUCUGAGGUAAUGUUUGCACAGUUUAGAUGCUCCAUCUAUAGAAAGGUGUAUCUGAGGUAAUGUUUGCACAGUUUAGAUGCUCCAUCUAUAGAAAGGUGUAUCUGAGGUAAUGUUUGCACAGUUUAGAUGCCCCAUCUAUAGAAAGGUGUAUCUGAGGUAAUGUUUGCACAGUAUAGAUACCCUAUCUAUAGAAAGGUGUAUCUGAGGUAAUGAUUGCAUAGUAUAGAUGCCCCAUCUAUAGAAAGGUGUAUCUGAGGUAAUGUUUGCACAGUAUAGAUGCCCCAUCUAUAGAAAGGUGUAUCUGAGGUAAUGUUUGCACAGUUUAGAUGCUCCAUCUAUAGAAAGGUGUAUCUGAGGUAAUGUUUGCACAGUAUAGAUGCUCCAUCUAUAGAAAGGUGUAUCUGAGGUAAUGAUUGCACAGUUUAGAUGCUCCAUCUAUAGAAAGGUGUAUCUGAGGUAAUGUUUGCACAGUUUAGAUGCUCCAUCUAUUUCCAGUAGCAUGCCCAAGUGACAAUUACUACAAAGAUGGAUGUUGUUAGCCCUGCCAUAGGGGGGGGGGGGAUAUUGUUUUGGCGUUGUCCGUCCGUCCAUAUUUCCGUCCGUCCGGCACUUUUGUGUCCCGAGCCAUAUCUUGGAAGUGUUUUGGCGGAUUACAUUGAAACUUGGUAUGAGUACACCGGAGGGGACUUAUGGUUUGCGCUCUGUCUGUCAGUCCGUCAAACUUUUUCUGGAUCCUGCGAUAACUUUAAAAGUUCUUAAUAUUUUUUCAUGAAACUUGAAACAUGGAUAGAUGACAAUAUGGACAUUAUGCACGUCAUUUCAUUUUGUUCCUACGUCAAAAAUUCUGGUUGUAAUGGCAACAAAUAGACUAGAAAUACUGCUGAAAAUGGUGGUUUUCUGGAUCUUGUGAUAACUUUAAAAGUUCGUAAUAUUUUUUCAUGAAACUUAAAACAUGGAUAGAUGACAAUAUGGACAUUAUGCACGUCAUUUAAUUUUUUUCUUACAUAAAAAAUCUAGUUGCUAUGGCAACAAAUAUAAAAAUUUCUGACGGUGGAAUUUCUGACAAUGGUGGAGCCGGUAGUGGACUACCUCUGGUAUAUUGCUUGGCAAUAGUCUUGUUUAUCCUUGAAUGUCUUUCUGGGCAGGUUAUGUUACAGAAAAUGGUUAACCUGAUAUUAUUUCUCAUUAUAUUUUUGUGUUUGAUAUACACACAGGUGAUUGACUGUACCUUAUUCUUUCAUUAUAGAUUGUGUACUGUACUGAUAGUAUGUUCGCUUGAUUAUGAUGUUUUUCGCUUACGGGUAUCUAUUGAUUAAUUUCUGACUGUAAUUAUUAUUUUAACAAAAUUGUGACACAUGUCCCAUAUUUUUGUGUACUAACUACAUGUGUAUGUUAACAACUGUUGUACAUAAAAACAACCGUUUUGAAUCUAGGGCAAUACUAGUAUUUGUAUUCCAGAAAAUCUUAAUUGAAUUUUAAACUACAUUCUAAGUGAUUUGUGUCAUUAAUGGAAUAAAGACUUAGAUGUGAACAACCAUUAUUGUAUGCAUUUUUAGCUGGGCGUUUUCGGAGAAAACCCAAGGUAUUGUCAUAGCCAGCUCGUCGUCCGCCGUCUAACGUUAGCGUUGUGCUAAAACCUUAUUUGCUCUAAAAUCAAAGUGCUUCCACCUACAACUUUGAAACUUCAUAUGUAGAUGCACCUUGAUGAGUUCUACACGCCACACCCAUUUUGGGGUCACUAGGUGAAAGGUCAAGGUCACUGUGACCUCUAAAAAAUAAAACAAUUCUGACAAGCUUUUAUUUAAUCAAAACUGCACGCGAAGUCGAGCGUGGCACCCAUUAAGCGGUGCUCUUGUUUUUAAAUAUUCUUUUAAGAUAAGAUUUUAAUCAAGAUGUUUUCAUAAUGCAAUCCCUGAAUGUGGUAUUGUAUAAUUAAAAAUGACUGUUUAUAAUAAAAAUAUUUGAUUCAAAUGAUGAAUACAAUAAGAAUACUUAUUCAAUAUGUUGAAUUCUUUUAAAGAGCUAUUACUAUUUUGCUGUAAAAACAAACUACAAACACAUGUUUUAAAUUGGUUUUACUUUUAAUUUUAAAAAUUUGCUCAUGUUUUCAAAUGCUCUACUCUGCCUUAAAGCGAGAUUUUACGAUUUUGUCAAAUAUUUAUUAAUUUAUAUAAAAUGUGUAAAAAACUUAUUAUACAUAUAUUUCAAUAUAAAUUAAAAUACAAGUUAAGAAGAACUUGUGUCGAAAAAUGCGAAAUAAGCCAGAUAUUUACUUCUGAAAUCGAAAAUGUCUGUACAGUGGAAUUCACCAGCAUGUAAGUCAUGCAUGUACGAUGUGAAUCUAAAUUUAGUUUAACUGUUCAUUUUAAAUGUUAUUGUUGGAAAACGUACAAAAUAUCCUUGUCACAAUCGGCUCGAGGCGCUAAUUUGUCUUUGCUGCAUUUUAUGAUAUUCGUCUUCAAUGUAUAAUUUUUCUUGCCUAUUUUGUGUUAUUGUAACAUAUUUGAUCAAUAUAUUACAAUUUAACACAUAUAAAAAAUCAUAAUCUCGCUUUAAACUAUAAGACCUGUCAAAGAUUAGAUCUGAACAAGCCAUAUAUAUUGCAUGAAAUGUUUUGUGUCUGGAAUUUCAAACUCUGAAUCUCUUCUAUAUUUCUCUGACGCUACUCGAAACCAGUUAAGUUUUAGAACAGAACCCUUUCUUCACAACGACAAUUAUCUGUAUAAAACUUUUAGUAUUGGCUUAGGUUUGUCUUGAUUUUUUUCAUAAAGAUUAAUAUUCCAAGGGGAAAAAAAGACACAUUAAUGUAGACAAAAUAUAACAUUAUUUACAUAAAUCAUGAUUUAUCGAAGUUUAUUGUUGAAAAGGAUUUUUUGUUUACUUUAAAUAAAGCUAGAAUUUGUGGUACAUAAAUUUAUGAUUGUUAAUUUAGUGCACAACUAUGUCACGUUAGUUUGUAUAUAAAUGUUUUUAAUUCAUUUUAUAAUUCUUCACCUGAUUUAACGUAUGCUAUAAUUAUCCCCCGCCAUAGGCGGAGGGAUAUUGUUUUGGCGUUGUCCGUCCGUCUUUGUGUCCGUCUUUCCGUCCGUCCGUCCAGAGCCAUAUUUUGGAGUGCUUUGGCAGAUUUCAUUGAAACUUAGUAUGAGUAUAUAUAUAGAUAACAGGAUGAUGCACGCAAAAUGGCAUUGUACACAAUCCGUUAAUAACAGAGUAAUGGCCCUUUUUAUUUUGAAAUAAUUCUUUUUUUGUGUUCGGAGCCAUAUCUUGGAAGUGCUUUGGCAGAUUUCAUUGAAACUUGGUAUGAGUACAAAUAUGGAUAAGAAGAUGAUGCACACCAAAGGGUAUUGUAUACCAUCUGUUAAAAACGGAGUUAUGGCCCUUUGUAUCUUGAAAAAAUGCUUUUUUAGUGUCAAAUAUAACACUUUUGUGUCCAGAAGUAUAU